AAAGAAAAUCAUCGCGUGGAUUUAUCAAAAUUCAGUUUUGACGAAUCUGUCAUGGUUUAGUUUUGUCUAUUUUUCGCAAAGCGAUGUCUAAAUUUUAAGCUUCAAUUUGCAACGUGCAAUAAAUUAAAAAACAUUUUGAAGAUACGAAUUUAAAGGGCCGCUGUCUUUGGUACUCCUAUUUGGGAAAAAUGAAUCAAAUUAUGAGAGGAUGGAUGAACGCACCGACAAUUAUGUUUACCAGGCCGCACAGCAAUAGUAAUUUCGGAGGACGACGACAGGCAUUGACGGUAAGCAGAACAAGAGGUACGCCCAGUGCGAACAACGACUUAAAGCAGGCCCUAUGGGAAAAGAUACCUAUCCACUAUGAUCUACUAAGGAAUUUUCGUCAACAGCACGGAUCCGCCGUAGUCAGUCGCAUCACCGUAGAAAAUAUAUACCAGGGCUUGAAUGGCGUGAAAACGUUGGUUAGGGAAACUUCGGAAACAGAUCCGAAACAUGGAAUCAAGUUCAGAGGAUUAUCGCUGCCAGAAGUUGUGACUUUGCUACCACGUCAAGGGAAGUCACCGAGCGCAGAAUCUGUAUUUUGGUUGUUACUUACUGGCGACAUACCCACGCAAGAACAAACAGCUUCGCUAAUCGCUGAUUGGUCGAUACGACGUCAAAGAAAUAAGCAUUGGUGGUCCGGUCCAGGUGGAGGAAUCGUUGGUUCUAUCCUUCGAACCCUUCCGGAGACAAUCUCACCUUUGGGGAAGCUAUCGGUGGCUCUGAGCGUUUUCGAUUCGGGGAAACAUAUGAAGGAAGCUUUGAAAAAUCGAACGUCAAGUUACAGCUAUUGGGAAUACACGUAUGAAGAUAGCAUGGAAUUGCUAGCCACAUUGCCCGCAAUUGUUGGGCUGAUUGCCAAAGGUGAAGGGCUCAACGACGUCAAACUCGAAGGAGAUUGGGUGCAAUUUCUAAUGGAGUGUUUAAGCGACGCGUACGGGAUCACGAAAAAUAAAAAGAAAACGAUCUUAGAUUUCCUUCGAUUGUAUGUCACCUUGAAUGCGGACGAAGAUGGAGGCAUUCCUGCUAUUCAUGUCACAGAAAUACUCAAUGCCUGCCAGCUGGAUAUAAACCAAGCAUUAGCUGCAGGGAUUUUAGCGUAUAAUGAUGAGCCGAAGAGUGGCACAAUGUCACAAUACAUGGAGUUUCAAUCGAAAAUACAGACCCUUCUCGGCCGAGAAUCGAAAGAAGAAAACAUACAAAAUUACGUGACAUUACUAGCUAAAGACAAAUUAAUUGGUUGCAAGGAAACAGAUGUUCCUGAUCCACGAUACACUGCACUAUUGCAUUAUGUCAUAGAAAAUAUACCCGAUAAUUCCGGUGUAAAUUUGUCUCGAACUAUUACACGGAUACUAACCACAAUGAUGAAGACUGCUAAAGGAAAAACAUAUCAUCCGGAACAGACCAGUAUCGUGGCACCGGUUUUUCAGGCCUGCGGAUUAAAAGACAUGAACAUCAAUCAACUAUUAUUGUGCGUGUCGAGAGCAUUAGGUGCAACAGCAUCUAGUAUUUGGGCAAGAGCUGUUAAUGCACCGGCCGAGCAUCCAGCUUCAAUAUGCACGCACAGUUAUUUAGAAUCGAUAAAAGGACCAUGUCCGAAGAGAAAACGCGGGAAACAAGUAAAAAAUUCUCGAAAAUAAGUACAUAUUGUUUCACUAUAAA